CUUCACCAGACUGAAUCAGCACUGGGCAACCGUGUUUCGCCGGAUGUGAAUCAGCACUGUGGUAUUUCCGGACAUGAAUCAGCACCAGGAAAAUAUGCUUCACCGAAUGUGAAUCAGCACCGGGAAAACAUGUAUGCAGUAUUUUUAAGUAAAGCUUCGCUAGAUGUGAAUCAGCACUGGGAAAAUGUAUAUGCGGUAUUUUUGAGUAAGGCUUCGCCGGACGUGAAUAAGCACCGGGAAAACAUGCAUGCAGAAUUUUUAGAUAAGUUCUUAGGCUUAGCCGGAUGUGAAUCAGCACCGGGAAAACGUGCUUUGCCGGAUGUGAAUCAGCACCAGCAAAACGUGCCUGCAAAAUUUUUGGGCUUCGCCGGAUGUGAAUUAGCACCAGGAAAACGUGCUUUGCCAGACAUGAAUCAGUACCGGGAAAAUGUGCAUGCAGAAUUUUUGAGCUUUGCCAGACAUAAAUUAGCACCGGGAAAACAUCAUGUGACAUUUUUUGGUAAGUUUUUAAGCUUCGCCGGAUGUGAAUCAGCAUCAGAAAACGUGCGUGCAGCAUUUUUGGUUUUUCAUGAUAUUGGAACUUGCGUUGCCAUUGAUACUUCUGUUUUGUGA